AUGAGCUCAGGAUCGCCCCCGGGCUCGAAGCCCUCUGCAAUUCCAUCCCACAUGUUGAAUGGUAGCUCUCCUUUGCAGUCAUCCUCAGGCUCUGUCUCAAGCUCUGGCACUGGAAACCGAACGCGGGAUGCACGUGAGCGUGAGAGUCUCAACACUUCUAUCCGCUCAUCUUUCGCUCCCAGAGUUCCUGCGGGGUUGGGGUUCGAUGUUGAGAAUGCUCGGCCUGCCCCACCUGGUGAUGCUAUUGCCCGCGAAGACGGGGCUACCCACGGCGCUCUGUCCAUCCGUGGAAGACCGACCUUGAAUGAUCCUCCCCGCGAUCCCCGGGAUGAGGCCGCUCCAUUGACCCCGCCGACGACGGUUUCCCGCCCCGCCAGCCCCUACACAUUGAACCCCCCAGUCGAUUUUGAUGGACUCAGUUGGCCUUGCCCCGGAACCCGGCAGCGGUUGGAAUCUACCCCGGAAGAAAACGAGGAGCGGAUCAAGAAGCUGGCAGGUGCUGUGCGAACAAUUUUGGAAUGUGUUGGAGAAGAUCCUGAACGUGAGGGUCUUCGCGAGACUCCCGAGCGCUACGCCAAGGCUAUGCUCUACUUCACUAAGGGAUACGAAGAGAACGUGCGGGACCUGGUCAACGGCGCUGUUUUCCACGAAGAUCAUGACGAACUCGUCAUUGUCAAGGAUAUUGAUGUGUUCUCACUGUGUGAACACCACAUGGUUCCCUUUACUGGAAAGAUGCAUAUCGGUUACAUCCCGGAUCGCCGUGUUCUGGGACUUUCGAAAUUGGCCCGUCUGGCUGAAAUGUUCUCCCGCAGACUGCAAGUCCAAGAGCGCUUGACUAAGCAAGUGGCUCUGGCUAUUUCGGAGGUGCUGAAGCCUCGUGGUGUUGGUGUUGUCAUGGAAUCCUCGCACCUUUGCAUGGUUAUGCGUGGUGUGCAGAAAGUUGGCAGCACCACUACCACAAGCUGCAUGCUAGGAUGCAUGCGAUCAAGUGCUAAAACCAGAGAGGAGUUUUUGACGCUCUUGCAUCGCAGAUAA